AGCUAGUAACUAUUUGUAGGGUGAUGGGAGCUGUAUAGAAAGAGACUUAUGCUUACUUCACCUCCUUCCUCCUAUCUUGCUCUUCCUUAUCUUCCUUAAUCUUUUUCUUAAUUUCAUUCAUUCACUCACUCCCAACUAGAGAGAACAGAGAGAUGGGGAAUUGUCAAACCAUAGAUGCUGCAGCGUUGGUUAUACAGCACCCAAGUGGGAAGAUAGAGAGGCUAUAUUGCCCUGUUAGUGUUAGUGAGGUGAUGAGAAUGAACCCUGGUCAUUAUGUUUCUUUGAUUAUUCCAUUGCCUGUAUCUGGGGAUCAAGAAAACCAAGACCACGUCAAAACUGUGCAGUUCACCCGUGUUAAGCUUCUCAGGCCGAGCAAUACUCUUGCACUUGGUCAUGCUUAUCGACUUGUUACUACUCAAGAAGUUAUGAAGGUGCUACAGGCAAAGAAGUACGCAAAAUUGAAGGGACAGCAGCAGCCAGAAUCGAAGAACAAGUCACAGCUGCAGGUCGCACCAGAGAAGAAGCAAAGUACAGAUUGCGAGACAAGAAAGAAGUCUAACAUAGAGAAGGAUUACAGGGUGUCCAAACAUGAAAGACAUCGACACAGGAUGCCAUCAAUUAACUCUGCCUCCCUAAGGUCAAAGUCAUGGCGCCCCUCUUUACAGAGUAUCUCUGAAGCUGGGAGCUGAUGCAUCAAACAAUCAGGCAGCAUAUAGAGACAUUGGGCCAAACAAGCACAGAACGUUGGAAUCAAUCGGUGGAAGUUGUCACGAUAAUAUUCCUAGUUGUCAGGUCGGAUAUUUCGUGUGGGAGUCAAUUAUUAAAAUGUUAUCGAGUCAAGCAAAUGCAAGGCUCCUAUAUAAUCAGAAAAAGAAAGGAUGUUUGACUAUGUUUGAAGAAACGAGUACUUCGAAAAACCAUUAAUGAAAGGAGUUAGGAGUUGAUGAAA